AUGCAGUUCAAGAGCUUCUUCACCGUCCUGGCCGCCGGCCUCACCAUGAUGGUCGCCGCCGAGGAGGACAUCACCACCACCGAGACCUCGACCCUCACCCAGACCCAAACCGUCACCAUCACGCAGUGCAACCCAACCAUCUCCAACUGCCCCGGCCACACCACCACCUCUGUCGAGACCUCCACCUCCACCCUCACCACCUGGACCUUCCCCCUCUCCAACUCCACCAUCUCUGUCGGUCCCACCGCCACCUCCAAGUUCAGCAUCAUCACCUCCCGCCCGGUCGUCACCGAGACCUCCAUCGUUGAGGUGCCCGAGGAGCCAACAGGCACCACCCCAGCUCCGGCCGAGUCCAGCGUCGUCGAGGGCGCCGCCGCCGGCCUCGCCGCCUCGCACGCUACCGUCCUCCUCGGUGUUCUCGGUGCCGGUAUUGCUCUCCUCGCUUAA